AUGGGUUGAAACAACCCAGCAUUUGUGUGAAUUAGACCUGCUUUAUCAUCUGAAAACAUGUUGUACUGAAAGCAUCAAUAAGCAAAGUAACUGCACAUCUCUCACCAACAAAACAUGAUUUAACACAUUCCUCAGAUGUUUCACACAAGUUAUGAUCAAUAUCAAUAGAGAUGUUUGCCUCAACAAGCAAUAACCACCGGAAUCUAUAUAUUUAUUUGAGGGAUUUUGUGAAGCCUUCAUUGAAGCAUUGAAUGCAAUGACGCUUAAUGUUUAUGUUCUAAAAAUGUUUACAAUUAAUUUCUUCUUAUAAUAUCCUGUUUUCAAAAGUUUAAACGAUUAAUUUCUUCUUAUAAUAUCCUGUUUUCAAAAGUUUAAACGAUUAAUUUCUUCUUAUAAUAUCCUGUUUUCAAAAGUUUAAACGAUUAAUUUCUUCUUAUAAUAUCCUGUUUUCAAAAGUUUAACCUCAAGAAAUAGAGAUUAAGUGAAGAUUACUUGAUAAAAGAGUUGAGUAAACGACAUCCUCUUUCCUCAAGUUCACACUAGAUGAAAAUAAUAACUGAAAUAACGUCAGCCAUCAGCUUAUUGCAUUAUUACAGGCUGGAACCGAUUGCAUAAAGCGAUGACGAUGAUGAUGAUGAUGAUGAGGAUUAUUUUGCUCCUGUCGGAAUCUGUCCUGGUCUCUUAUCAGUCCAACUCCACAGUUCAGUGUGAACUAGGCAAUAGGAAAUCAGUGAGAGUGAGAGCUGGAGAAUCCCUGUAUUUCCCCUGCCCGAGUGUAGAGUGCUAUGAGUCCACUGAAGGCUACGCGUACGACUGGUGGAGGAACCUCAGCAGAACCAAUCAGACUGAGCGGAUCGGGACGGCGGAGAGUGAGCGUGUGCAUUACCACCAGUCCGUGUUAUACAUACUCUGGCUGACCCUGGACGACACGGGACUCUACAUCACACGCUGGUGGUAUGAAAAAGACAAAUGUGAUGAAUACGAAACUGAUAUCGUGGUUUAUGAGGCGUUCCACACAGAUCUCUUGUACUCCCCCAUGGUGGAAGAAAAGGCGAUAGCAAUCUAUUGUCCAGUGUGUGAAAAUCAGCAGGCCGCGUUCCUCUGGUAUAAGAACUUCUCUCUUAUUCCAAACCAAGAGUCUAAACGUUUACCUAUCCGCAACUCUUCGAAAGAAAGCGAGGGUAUUUACACCUGCGUUUGCACCUGGGAGCACAAUGGGUUAAAACACAACACCUCUGGACAUCGCAGACUGAUCAUUAAAGCUCAGUCCGUCAACAAUCCUCCGGUGUUUCAACUUCCUGUCAACAACUCCGUCGUCAUCACUGAUGUGGGCACAGAACUGAUCCUCGUAUGCUCUGUCUUCUUUGUGUGUGAUGAGUGUCCUGUUCUCUGGCAAAGGAAUAAAACCACACUGAGGGAGGACGAUGGAUAUAAGCAGGAAAACAGAGCUAUAGAUGGCAGCGUUCAGUCAUUAUUGUAUAUUACUAAAGUUUCCGAGUUGGACCUCGUUUCUGAGUUUCGCUGCAGAACUAAAGACUCCUAUAGAGUGAUGUUUGUAUCGGUCACUUUGAAAAGUCGAGCAUCAACGCACGCUGUGAUUCUGGCAUGCAUUUGCACAUUUCUUCUGGUCCUGGUGCUCAGUGGAACAGUCAAGUGGUUUUCAUUGGAUCUGGUGCUGUUUUUGAGGGAAAUUCCCAUCAAGUUCAACAGGAAAGAGGAUGGGAAGCUGUAUGAUGCUUAUGUGAUUUACCAGAGAAACUCGGAUGAAACGACAAGCAAAACUGUGAGUGACUUUGUGAAUGGAUCUCUUCUAACAGUGCUGGAGAGAUACUGUGGCUAUAAACUCUUUAUUCACGGCAGAGACGACCUACCUGGGGAAGAUUGCAUGAACCUGAUUGAAACUAAGAUACAGCUUAGUCGGAGGCUUAUCAUCAUUUUAACACCAGGAACAAGUAGCAUAUCUCCUGAAGCUUAUGAUCUGCAAGUGGGGAUUCAUCAGGCUCUGGUACAAGGAGAAACCGGUGUGAUUGUCAUCCAGCUGGGGCAGAUUCGGGACUACACACACCUGCCUCUCGGACUGCAACAUCUCCUCCGCAAGAAUAAUCCUUUACUGUGGAGAGACGGCCAAUCCUCACCGACCUCGAGGUUCUGGAAGACAGUGCGAUACAGGAUGCCAGUCGCCUCAUCCCAUCAGAAAAGUUCGGAAAAAUAUCACUUGAAGGUCUGAGAUUUCCAAUUUAAAUCAAGACAGGCUUUUAGGUUCAGGAUUUUACAAGCAUUUUCUUAACCAUCCUAUUAUAUUUGGGGUCAAUAUGAUUUUUUUUCUUCUUCAGAUUUAAUGACUUUUCCUAAUUUAAUGCGGACAACUUUUUAGUUGUAUAAUACAGAAUAAAUAUUAAAAUUAUACACACAUGUGGAUGUCAACUUAAAAAGAUAUUAAUUUACCUGAGACAAACCUUUGUU